UAUAUCAUUGGCUUGUUUCUUAUGUGACGUCAUAUGGAAGCGCGGAAGAAGUGCCAAGGUUGGACAUCAAGUGCGGUUCUGGACUGUGUACAACGAGGAGUGUUGUCGUGGCUGAUGUACAAAACAUGGUUCGACUGAAGAACUCAGUAGUGGUACCCCUUCAGUAGACUAGCUGGUACAAGAUGAGCUGAAGAGUGUCCAGUUCCUAUCGUGGCAUCAUGAAUGACAAGCUGGUAUUUCUGGGCCUCCUCUACUUCGUCCAGGGCAUUCCAUAUGGUCUGCAGUCAUCCCUGCUGCCGGUCUACCUGCGUGGGGCUGGUCACUCGCUCACUCGCAUCAGCCUGACCAAAGCCCUCUUCUUCCCCUGGGUCCUAAAGGUCCUCUGGGCACCGCUGGUGGACAGAGCAGGCACCAAACGCCGAUGGCUGGUCGGAACGGUUACAGGCUUGGCGAUGACGUGCCUGGCCAGUGCGUCUUUGUCCCCGGACGUGCAGUUCCUGGGUGUGGCAGGGGCCCUGCUGGCCAUGAACGUGCUGGCAUCCGUGCAGGACAUUGCUGCAGACGGGGCCGCCGUCCGGCUGCUGAGGGGACAGGGUGAGCUGGGUCUGGGCAACACUGUGCAGGUGGUGGGCUACAAGGCCGGCUCUGUGUUUGCUGGCGGCGGGCUGCUCGCCGUGAUCGAUGUGGCCGGCUGGGGCUGGAUGUUCACACUGCUGGCCUGCGUUUAUGGAGGAGUGGCGCUGUUCGUGUGGGGGGCGCCCAUCCUGGACGGGGAGCUGUCCAAGCCCGCCGGGGAGGGCAGGAGGGCCUCCAAAGACGCCCUGCGGCCCUGGAAAGUGUGGAGGAAGCUGAUGUCUGUGCCAGGGACACCGUGGACUGUUCUCUAUGUCCUCACCUACAAGCUAGGUGAGCAGGGUGCUAUGAGCAUGUUCCCCCUCUUUCUGCUGGACCAUCACAUGACAUCCCGUGAGCUGGGCUUCUGGAACGGCAUCAUCGCCAUGGGGUUCUCCAUCGCCGGCUCCUCCAUCGCAGGCCUCCUGCUCUCACAGCACAGCAUCGGGCUGCUAAUGAGGCGCGUGUUUGUGAUGAGGACGGUGGGCAUGGUCUUCCAGAGCUCCCUGCUGACCAUAUUGGAGCCAUCGCCACUUAUGAAAGGCAUGUCGGUGUUGAGUAUGAGUGCACAGCAUUUCCUGGGGGGCCUAAUCACCACCCUCACCUUCACCGUCAUGAUGAACUGCACUCAGCGCGCCGAGGAGAGCAUCCAGGCCACCCAUUACAGUUUCCUGGCCACGCUAGAGGUGCUGGGGAAGUUGAGCUUCAGUGCGCUCGCCGGAGGGUUGGUGGACUCGGUGGGGUUCGCUAUCGCCUACCUGCUCUUCUUCACACUGUCCGCCAUCUCGGCCCUUCAUGUGUGGAAGGCCACGCUCACCGGACCUCUCAAGGAGCAAAUGAACACCACCAGCCACACUGACAAGUGAAAAAGACACAACUGUACUUGGUGUGUGUGUGUGUGUAUGUAUGCUUGGUUGUGUGUGUGUGUGUGUGUGUAUGCUUGAUUUCGUGUGUGUGUGUGUGUGUGUGUGUGUGUGUGUGUGUGUGUGUGUGUGUGUGCUCAUGGAGGUGUAUGUGCUCAUGGAGGUGUAUGUGGUUGGUUGUACGUGCUUUGUGUGUUUUGAAGGGGCUUGCGUUUCAAAACAAAAACAGCCAGCACAGCCUUCUGAAAACACAGUAUUCCGCAAUUGCAGUUAACCAGCAUUUAGCCACAGAAGCACCUCAGGAAGUACAUUUCUGAGAAAAGGAAAAAAGAACCAAAAUCAAUCAGUCGAUUUGCAUCUGCGCUGUUGGUCACGACCUGACAAACUCAAGGCAAUGCUUACCUAUGACCUCCUACUACCUCGCAGUAGUGCUUCAUCUCACAGUUAGAGCAGAUAAGCUGCAUGAGCGGUAGGUUGGCUUGUUUACCAACAUCUAAUGAAAUAUUAAAGCCGUGCAAUAUAACCUAAGGUAACGCUAUCUGUCAAGCGGACCAUGAAGGUGCUAGGAGACUCGUAGAGUUUGCUCUCAAAAGCAAAUAGCCCUUCUGCAAUGUAACUACAGGUCUACAAAGCAUGAUGUAUACUUCAGUAUAUCCAGAUCCUUGUGUCACAGUGGGUAGUUCACUGUUAUCAAAAGGACACACAUUAUCUUUUUUUUUUUUUUUUUGGGGGGGGGGGGGGGCUUUUUAUGCCUUUAAUUUGAUACGACAGUGGAAAAUGACAGGAAGUGAGUGGGAGAGAGAGUCGGGGUGGGAUCCGGAAAGGACCACGGGGCGGGAAUCGAACCCGGGUCGCCGGCGUACGGUGCAGGUGCCGGACACACAUUAUCUUCUCGUGACUUUCAGGCUACGAUAAAUCACCAGGGGAAAUACAACAUAUAGUGUAGAUUUCCAUUCUAUAGAUUGAUUUUUUAUUAUUUGUCACCCUAUAACAUUAAAACACACACAUACGUGUAGCACGGUGAACUGAUUGUGUAUAUGGUGUGAAGUUUGCUUGCCAGGUGCUGUGUUGCUUUAGCCUGGUCCUUACCGCCUACUUAGGAUGGUAACGACCAGGCUAGUGUUGCUUAUGCAGGACCACUGAAUCACUGAUGCCUCAGGGUAUGAAGUUGUAUAGGCCUGACUAUGGUAAGGCAACUAAACCUAAUAGGCUGCAAUAAUGCUCCUGCUGAAAGAAACUAACUUAGGUAAGUGUGAUUUGUGACAGUGAUACUUGAAGAUGCAUUCUGUUCUCAGUAUACCCCUGAGAACGUUUCAUUAGUCCAUUAGUUAGCAUUAGCCUCAUAGCAUUUGUUAAGUGUAAGAUGUUAGAUGUAGUGCCAAGUUUACAUAUCUAUAAAAUAUGUGUCAUUACUGCUUAGAGUAAAUCAACAAAACUACAGAAUCAACUGUGUUUUUAUAAUUUUUAUAUAUAUAUUUUUUUCAUCUUUUUAUUUCUCUGACCUUGCCAGUUUGUGCUGUCCAGAUGUCCCAUAUCUUGUUGGUGUGCCUGGUUGUUUGUGGGUGUUAAAGUGUGCUGAAUGCAGUGUGUGAGAGUCUGGAGUACUGACUGUGCACUGUGUUGUUUGUGGGUGUUAAGUGUGCUGAAUGCAGUGUGUGAGAGUCUGGAGUACUGACUGUGCACUGUGUUGCACUGGAGCUAUGCAGUUGUCUGUUUAUGCAUCCCGCCUGCCAUGUUUGAGUGUCGAGUCACAUGGUGUAAAAUAGAAUGUACUUGUCUCCCAGGGCUUACAUGUUUAUACAAGAAGAUCAUGCAACGACACUGAAUCUCCAUGAUUAGGAACCAUAAAAUGAGACCCCACACACACACACAAAAUGCCACAAUGUUAUGCAUCAACCCUCCAGGACAUACAGUCUAUCCAUGAUGGUAAUAAUUUCACUAAUUGCAAUUGACAUAAUAAUUGAAACACUCUUAUGUUAAUUCUGGUCAUGACAAAGAAUGUGUUCACCUGGGGUGAACUAGAAUCAAGAAUGAACUGAGCCCUUUUUGCUUUAGCUGUGCAGUACUGUCAUUUUGUCGUUCUUGUGUCUUUUCUUCAAUGUCAAGUAUAUGCAUAUUUGUAUAAUUGUGCGAGGUAAUCAUUAGAGCCACUAUUGAAAUAAACCAAUUACUCCAACAGAUCUGGACUUGUUAGACAUUAACUGCAGGAGCAAAUUGUCUCUGUUAUUGAUGAAUUGCAAUAAUUGUAUCUCCAUUCAUCAUCAAUAUGACAAACUCUUUAAGUAAAGCACACCCUGUCUCUACUCUGUGUGAAGAGGCAUGGCACAAGAAUAAAGCUUCUACAGAUAUUA